AUGGAUCUCAAGGUGGUCUGUGCCCUCUCCAUCACCCUCCUCAUAGCCCUCAGCGCCCUGGCAGAGGGGAGUGCACCUCCAACAAAAUGCCAGUGUAAAGUGGUUCCCAGGGAGAGGACAAACUGUGGCUACCCAGGGAUCUCAGCAGCAGAGUGCAAGAAAAUUGGGUGCUGCUUCAACGCCUCAGUCCCCAGCGUGCCCUGGUGCUACAACCCCAAACAAAAGAAAGUGAAAAAAGUGUGUCCCAACGACCCCUACACCAGGAUAAACUGUGGCUACCCUGGCAUCAAGGCCAGGGAGUGCACAAGGAAGGGCUGCUGCUUCAGGGCACACCCCGCUGGUGUCCCCUGGUGCUUCUACCACCGCGUCGUGGAGGAAGCUUGUUAA